GAGCUCGGCCAGGCACAGCCGCCGAGUUGUCAGGGCGAAGGGGAGAGCAAGAUGUCGUACUGCGACAACUUUUAUUCGCGCCUUGUCCUGCUUCAAUUGUUUGGGCGUUGGAAGUGUUCGAAUCCUGCCAACGUUGGAUUCCUUGGCCAAGUGCUGUUCGUCCAUUCAUUCUCGGCCAAGUCAGACAACUCUGGACUCAUCCGACAACCAUGGCGGGUGCGAAGCGUGCUCCCCACAGCAAAACGAGACUCGGUUGCGGCGCCUGUAAGAAAAGGCGGAUAAAGUGCGACGGCAGACAUCCUGUAUGCGCAAACUGUGAAAGAAGAGCUCUGGAUUGCAGUUUCCUACUCCUGGUCCCUACAUCCAGACUUCCCUCCACAGCUCUAACGACCACGUCAUCUUCCACUUCGUCAGUGAACUCAACCCCCUACACCGUAGGAGUCUUCAAGAGCACUGCGUCAUCCCUAACAUCCACCCUGGAGUCUUUCCACAUCACCCCUUCCAACGCUACUUCUCCGUCCUCCAGACCGUCACCCUCGCCCUCACAACAAAGUCUCCCCAGCACAGAUCCCUGGUCUCAAUGUCGCGCCAGCCUCGAACCCUUCCAACGUGUCCUCCUCGACCGCUACCUCUCCAGCACGUGCCGUACCCUCGCCACCGACGAGGAGGAGCAAGACGUCUGGCAAAACAUCAUCCCCAGCAUGGCCUCGCGACACAGGUUCCUCAUCUACGGCGUCCUCUCCGUCGCCUCCCUGGACCUGGCUAGACUCCCCGAACGCCAACACGAGAGAGAUAACCUGUACCGGAUCGCGGCUGACCAGAUGAACCGCGCCAUCUCGCUAUUCCGCGUCGCUUUGGAGGAUAUCAACGAGAGCAAUGCCGCCGCGCUGUUCGCCCAUUCCACUCUUACGGCUGUGUACUUCUUCCGAACGUCCGCCCUCGAUAUGUCGGAAGCGAGAGCCACGGUGCCCUCGGAAGGGAUCAGUGAACCCCCCGUCCACGUAAUCGACGAAAUGCUCCACUCGUUCGUCCGGACCGUCUGGGGACUUCGCGGCGCGCUAACGGUCCUCAAACCAGGCUGGAACUGGGUCAUAGGAGGGGAGCUUUCGCCAAUCUGUACACGCGAAUGGUGGCCCAAGCAUCGAAUACCGCAGACAGAGCGGGCGAAGGAAGAAGAUGCGCGGCUGGCGGAGCUGGAAAAGCUGUGGGUGUCAAGCCAGGAUGGAGAAUGGCAAUGUCAAAAGGAUCCACUCCUGCAAGGGCAUAGUUACGACCCCCAGGUGAAAAGCCUACUCUCCAAGGCGCUGGAGUCGCUGCGGAAUACAUACACGCUGGUCUCGCUAUUAACGGACCCAUUGUCCAACUGGCCUUCGAAAACCGAGAUUCCCUAUCUGGUCGACGACACCACCGUAGGCAUGCUCAAAGAUCGCGCGACCAUUUUCACCUGGCCUGUCGGGCUCGCACCGGAGUUCAUUUCGCUGGCACAACAGAAGAUGCCGGAAGUGUUGGUCAUAGUUGCACACUAUGCCGUGCUGCUUGGGAGGGUGAGGGGUAUCUGGUGGAUCGAGGGUUUGGGGACGAAUACGGUGUGGGCAGUGGCCAAAGCUCUGGGGAGGGAGAAGUGGCAUCUUGUGCAGUGGCCUGCACAGGCAUUGGGGUUGGAUCUUGAAAGUUGAGAGGGGUGAUGGGACAUGCUGCGGCGGGUCGACGUAUGUCCGCGAGAGUAGAAACGGUUCCGAGCCAAGAAGACUUCGUUGAGCUGUUGCAACUAAGUGCUAUAUAGCAGUUGAAGGCUACAGGGCGCUGUCCAUCUGGCAGCACCUCAAGCCCUGGUAAGGAGUAGAUGCGACUGGAUUCAUUCCACACUUAGGAGAAAUAUUGGCAGGCUCCUAAGCUUGUUGGACUAUUUUACUGCCGAAUAUGCCUCUGCAUUAUAUUUAUGAUAGCAAUCCGUAGAAGAAAGGCUGAGUUGUG